AUGCUACAUUUUACGAAGAACUUUUCAGCCCCAAAAAUGUCAAGCGAAGACCUCCUCGAGACCGUGAUCGGUCGUUUCGGGAAGUAUCAAACGCUGAUCUUCAUCCUUGUAACCCUGGGCCGCCUUCCAUCUGACUACCAAUUAGUGAACGUCGUAUUCCUAGUACCCAACGUGCAGUACGUGUGCAUGGACGAAGACGCAUACAACCUGACCAAUCAUUGUCCGUGCGAUAACCCAGUGUAUGACACGAGCACUAUCGUCAGCUCGGUGCCAACUACGUGGAAUCUCAUCUGCAAUAAACGUCACCUCGGUAGCUUAUCUCAGUCUGUAUUGCAAGUCGGAAUUCUGUUUGGCAGUCUCGCUUAUGGGCACAUAUCAGACAGAUACGGACGUCGCCCAGCCACUCUGCUUGCUCUAAUGUCACAAAUAUUGUUUGUAUCAGCAUCGGCCUUAGUGCCUUAUUUAUGGAUGUUCAUUGUUUGCCGCUUUCUAAUCGGGUUCUCCGUUGGCGGAACUUUGAUAUGCUGCUACGUUAUUGUGAUGGAGCUCUCCGGAAUGACAUUCAGACCAUACUUGACUGGGCUUAUCGAAACAGCGUAUACACUAGCCUACAUCACUCUACCGAUCAUAGCGUACUUUGUGAGGGACUGGAAGUAUCUGCAGCUCUCCAUAUCGAUACCUUGGGUAUUCGUGUUGCUGUACUACAAUUUCCUGCCCGAAUCUCCUCGCUGGUUGAUCACGAUGGGCAGACAUGAAGAGGCCGUGAAAGUUCUUACUUAUAUUGCUAAGAAAAACAAUCGACCUACAGAGAACAUCAAAAGUAUCGUUGAAAAGGAGGCAUUACAUUACACAAAAGGGAAAGGGAAUGUUGGAUCAUAUUUGGACUUAUUCAAAACACCAAAGAUGAGGUUGUACACACUUCUCAACGGGAUGGUUUGGCUCUGCUGUUCGCACACUUUUUUCGGUAUUAAUCAAUAUAUAGGUCGCCUCGAAGGAAACCUAUAUGUUAACGUGUUCAUCUCAGCUGUUAGCUUGAUCCCAGGACUUAUUCUAGUGGUCCUGGCGUCAAUAUAUUUGAGUAGAAAGAUAGCUCUGAUCCUAUCGUUCACCGCAGCAGGCUUAACACUGCUCGUUUUCAUAUUUAUACCAAGCAGUAUGACAUAUACCAUCUUAGGCUUCGCAAUUGUAGGACAGAUAGAAAUAUAUAUGGCGUUUAUUCUUACGUACCUGUACACGUCAGAAGUGUUUCCAACCAUGCUAAGGAAUUCUGCAAUGGGUUUUGUGUCUAUGUGCGCGAGGAUUGGUGGAUUUAUAGCGCCAUUUGUUGUGAACUUAGAAGCCGAUCCGUGGGUUUCAGUUUUAAUAUUUAGUGCUGUGUCGUUCUUAGCUGGUUUUAUGUGCUUACCGCUGAGGGAAACGAAGAAUACUGUACUUUUGAAUACAAUAGAAGAAUUAGAAGGUCGAACGAAACCUAAAGCACAGAAUUUAGGGUCAUAA